AUCUGUCAAACACAUGAGACGAUAAACAUUGAAUUUAUCGCAUUUGCUCAGUUUUGUGAGAGUUUGUUUAUUUUGGGUGUGCGAAACACAUUUUGCUGAUGAGACAUGAAAAAAGUAAUAGGAAAAGUGGUUGUGUUAGGACAUCAAGGAGUGGGUAAAACUAGUACAAUUAUUCGAUAUGUUGAAGAAUCGUUUAACCACAACGUCCAACCAACUGUUGGUGCUUCAUUUUUCACCUGCAACGUGGUUGUACAAAAUGUUCCUGUCAAACUACAGAUAUGGGAUACUGCUGGUCAAGAGAGGUUCAAGGCUUUGGCCCCGAUGUUUUACAGAAACGCAAACGCAGCCCUUUUAGUUUUCGACAUCACAUCUUAUGAAUCAUUCGAGAAAAUGAAAACAUGGGUGGACGAACUGAAAAGAAACGUCGAAGAAACAAUGGUGCUCUGCGUCGUCGGAAAUAAGACUGAUUUAGCUAAAAACAGAAAGGUUUCAAAGAAGGAAGCUUUACAGUACUCUAAUAGCAUUGGUGCUACGUAUUUAGAAUGUUCAGCCAAAGAUGAUCAGGGAGUAGGUGUUGUCUUUGAUAAUAUAGCGCAGGGUCUUUUGCGAAUGUCGGCGGAUAAAUCAAAUCACACAUUAAAGGUGUACGACGAUGAUAUCAACGAUAUUAUGGCGUGCUCUAGUGAAUUGGAACCGACGGAUAUCGGUAGCGAGGAACAAGUCAGUAUUAGCAUCAAGAGUAUCGCUCACGGAAGCACAGUCGGUUCAAAAUGCUGUUAAACACAAAUUUACAAUUAACUUAUCACUGCUUGUAUUUACGUAUGUGAAAUUACUUACGACUAUGAUCGUAAAGCAAUAAAUAUUUUUCGAACUUUGUUUUCUGUUGUGCAAGUUUUUUACGAUGUAUAUAUUUAUUUGCCCAUUUUUUAUCAGUGAGGAAUGUUUGUAUUUGCCUUGUAAAUAUAUAUUUUAAUAAAUAUAACAUUUUUA